UAAGUAAUCUUUUGGAAAUAAAUCUUGAAUUACUUAAUAGAUUUAAAUUAAUUAAUAUUUAAACGUGCGUCGCACAAUAUUUCUUUUUCCCCCUGAAUGAAGUCUAGCUGUCAGAGUGAUCUCAUUUUUUCAUACAAAUUUCCCCUCUGGUUACCUCGGUUUAUAUUUCUUUGAUGUCAAACCCACCCGUUUUAUGCUUUCCAUUCGAUAACAGCGCAACGCCUUCCUUUUAUAUGUGAAGGCAUAUAAAUGAGACAAAAGGUACUCACAAUAAGUAAACGUGUAAUAGCAUAUCUUACCUGGAGAGGUUAUCACUAUAUGAUGCUGAGAAUGAGAUGUUUGACAUUAGUGGCUUGUCUAUUUCCUGUGUGUUUUAUUCAUUGUUCGGCAGCCAUUCCUGUACGGGUCUUGUCAGUUAUUCGAGAAUGUCAGUGCCCAUAUGACUGUGUGAGGAAUCUGGAUCAAUGCUUAGUGGCCGGAGCUUGCCGGAUAUGUAAAACGCCAAAUUAUGGAAAACGAGGAUUACAAGCUGUGGUCAAAAAGAUACAAACUCUACUUGUGGAGCAAGGAUAGCAGUAUCCUAGGGAGCAAAGGGGAAAAAGACAAUCCUUGUUAUGAUAAUAUAUUAAGUCUUGUUACAUUUUGUUUGAAUGGCUGGACCACAAACUUGUUGUUCUUACUAAAGCGUUGUAAUUCUGAUUAAAAGCUAACUGUUCCAGAUCUUUUCUGUUUUUGCAUUGCUGUGCCGUAAAAUUAAAGAAAAAAAGUCAUAUCUAAUAUUUGUUUACAGAAUAUAAAAAUUAAAGAAACAUCAGACACAAGAAAAUAUGUAAUUCAAAAAACUAUUUAAGUAUCUUGUAAAUGUGUUUUCAUGUCGUAUUGAUAGCUUUCUUUCAACAAAAUACAAGAAAUAGUAAAUGGGCUUGAUGGCCCUCGUCUUUUUUAAACUUUAUUAUUCUCCUUAAGGUGAAAUACUACAUCAAACUUUUAUUUUAUUGAUAAUUAAAGUACUACAAUAUGAUUUCGUUGUUCAAGGAAGAAUAUACUGAUAAUUGUUUUAUACGAUAUUCUUGUAUCUUUUAUGAGAAGGAGGAAAAAUAUGUUUUGGUUGCUAGUAACAAACCGUAGAG